AGCUAGACGGUCUUUUCUACGGUGAUUGUGUAUCCUACAAGUUCCGAGGCUGGAGCUGGAGUCACCAAAGACCGGCAGUCCAUGGAGAAAGACUACAACCCCCAGAAUUCAACAGUCCUCUCCAAGAGGAAGACUGGUCUGAGGAUGCGUAGUAAGGGUGACUGGCCUGGAAGCGCAAAGGCGGCAACGCGCGGAGCUGCGGCGUGCGCGGGCUCCGUUCUCUGUGGGCGGAUUUGCGUGGGUUCGGGCGUGUGCUGCCAUCUCUCGCGUCCGGAGGCGCGUCCCCAGAGGGGGACAACAUGCCAACUGCCAAGCAGCUAGCUGACAUUGGCUACAAGACCUUCUCUGCCUCCAUGAUGCUCCUCACUGUGUACGGGGGCUACCUCUGCAGUGCCCGAGCCUACCGCUAUUUCCAGCUGCGCAGCGCCAGGCGCCAGGCUGCGGAAGAACAGAAGACCUCAGGAGCCCUGUAGAACCGGGGGUUUUCCUCCUUGAGCAGAGAGGCCUAAGGCAUGCUGUGGAAUGAUCUCAUCUGCAAUCCUUUCCAAGUCAAGAGAACUAGGGCCUUAAUGGUUUUCAAAUCCUGCUGAGAAAAAGUGCCCCUGUUUUCUCUGGUACUGCUGGUUCGGGGAGGCGGUGGAAUCAUGACAGGAAUGGGAGGAUCAAGCACACCUACAGACAUUAAAUAUCUUGUUAUGUC